AUGGGCCCGUCGCGGAGGGCUCUUGUUUUCCUUGCCCUUUCUUCCAUGACCUGCGCCUUGGUGUCAUCUAUUGAAGAUGAGGUCUUGGAUAUGUCCCAAACAGUGGCAUCAGCAUCAGCAAUGAGAAUGGUUGUAAAGAGCGAUUUUUCAGCAUCAGAUGUUCCAGUUGCUGGAAUCCAGAAUCUAGACAGAAGACGCCUGCAAGACGAAGGUUUAAAACAUGUCAAAGAUGCAGAGGCCACUAUUGCGGGUGGGAGAAGGGCUGCCUGUGGGAGGUUUCCAUACAUGGUGUCGCUUCGUGACUCCAACAAUUUGCAUGUCUGCGGUGGGGUGCUGGUGCACCGCCAGUGGAUUGUGACGGCUGCACACUGCGUGGACCCACGUGAUCCAUCUUCUGCAGGCGCCACCCCAAUUGUCGUAAUUGGGGCGUGCAAGCUCGAUGACAGAGAAAACGAAAACGGAGACGUCGAGGCAUCAGUGGCAAAAGGCAGCUUCAUCCAUGAGGGGUGGUCAGGAGAUGUCAGGGAUGGAAGUGACAUUGCUGCCGUGCAGCUCAGUGUCGAGUCCGAUCAUACUCCUAUAGCAUUGCCUGCAAGCAAUGAUGAGCUGCAUGGAGGCCAGCGCGUUGUGGCCAUCGGCUGGGGCAUCUUGUCAAAUGGGAGCAAGCCAACAGAUUUGCAGCAAACGACAAACAUUGAAUAUCUUCGCAACGGGGCAUGCAGGAGCAGUGAUAUCUGGGGAGAUAUCAUUCAAGACUCCAUGAUCUGUGCCUUUAGUGUUUUAGAUCAAGAAGCCUGCAAGGGGGAUAGUGGGGGACCUCUGAUCAGGCCCUUUUCCCGAGGUGGCGACCUCUCUAUGGGACAACCAUCGCUGGAUAUUGCCGUCGGUAUAACAUCUUUUCGAGAGAUAGACUCCAAAUGCGGCACUUCUGAUCUGCCAAAUGUCUUCACUAGGAUGUCCUCGUUUCGGGACUGGAUUGAUGAAAAGAUUUCGGGAAGCGAAAUGAAUUCGCAAACACCGGCCCCUGUAUUUCCGGCUAAUCCACCAUUGCAGCCUGCAUCAACGAUGCCAUCGCCUACACCUCCUACACCAACCCCCCGGGCAGCGCUCCCCCCAGAACCAUCUUCCUCAGCUGACCCUCCAGCAUCUGCACCAUCACUCGACUCGGGCCGUCCCCUUCUUCGUUCUCCUGCCGAGCAAGAAGAACUUGAUGUGAGUCUAUGGAAUGCUUCCCGAGACGGCAAUGUCAUUGCUGUGGAAGAGGCGAUAAAUGAAGGGGCAAACAUGGAGGUCAGAGUGGGCAGAUCGGGUUACACGCCACUUAUCGUUGCUUCAGUGCGUGGUCAUCUGGUCAUCGUGAAUGUUCUGCUUCUUGCUGGUGCGGAGAAGGAUGGAAGAAGCCGAUUCGGCGAGACUGCAAUCUACACUGUAUCAGCAAGUGGCCCAACUGAUGUAGCCUUGGCUCUUAUUGAGGCAGGGGUUGAUGUGGACAUAGCAGAGUCUGGUGGAUGGACGCCUCUGAAUAUUGCCGUGAAGGCUGGUCGAGCCCCGAUAGCAAGGGCGCUCAUCAAGGCCAACGCCGACCCAAACAAAGGAAAUUGGCGGGGAGAUACACCCCUGCACAUGGUUUCCUUUUCUUCUGUGGGUCCCGAAGACCCAAUCUUCAUUGCAAGGGAUUUGCUUGAUGCCGGAUCAAACCUGGAGGCUAGGGACAACCUUGGAUGGACACCUCUGAUGUGGGCUUCGCAUUUUGGGCAUGCUGGGAUUCUUCAACUCUUGUUAGACGAAGGGGCAAACCCAGAUGUUCGCGGCAACGAGGGCAGAACUGUGGAUGGCAUUAUCUGCGCAUGCCAAGACGAUAUCCCUGGGGCUUAUAACUGUAUACGUGGCCCCUGCAAGGAGCCAGGCGUAGUAGAAGAGAUAAAAGAUAUUCUAGGUUGA